AUUUUCCUUCAUUUUCUUGCCCUAGAAAAAUCCCACGAUCUCCACAGCCGCAACAUGCGUUUUCUGCGAUCCAAACCCCUUAAAUUUUCCCACUCUUGCUCCAACUUUCCCUCCAGUUUUCCCACGAAUUUCUCCCGAUUAGCAACCAUAACCAGCUUCCCUUAGCUCGAUCGGCUUUCGAAAGGAAACCCUCUUUCUAGUUGCAGAGAUGCCUACUUAUCGCUUCUUUUGCCGUCGAUAUGUCGCCGUUUUAGGGUUAUCGAAGUUCUGAUGGAUGCUGUGGAGUUGUCUUGUCUCGUGGAUGUUGUGGUGCCGGCGAAGCUUAUGGGAUCUGAGGGUUGUGGCGGAGUUAGGGUUUCGUCGAACAAGGCGGAGAGCAACUGUGAGAGGGCUCGUGUCUCGAUUGUUGCGAAUUCUUCGAUUGAGCGUUGCAGCGCCUCUAUUAGUAAGAAAGAUGAAGGAAGCAGUGACUCUUCACUGUGGCGUAAACUAAUCCACUCCCACGAUGUUGUUCAUGAGAGACUUACCAAGCUCUGUGUCGAAAAUACAUCAGAACCUGCAAGUUCCGUUUGCAAAAAUGGCUUUCUUCCAAACGCUAGUCCUGAAAGUCGCAAAGCAGGGAAACUCUCAAGGAGUAGUUCAGGGGCUUCAAAAAGGACAAAACCGAUCCUUUUAGAGGAUACUAUGAUCUCACCAAGAGAUAAUGACAUAAAAUAUACAUACGGACAAGGGUCCACUCUCUCAGAUAAGCCCCAAACAGUUAAACAAAGAAACAGCUAUAGCGGCAGGCGGGGUGAAAAGAGAAACUCAAAAGUUCCUGCAAGAACGUUUCCAACCCUUAAUACAGCAUCUGGCGAGAAUGCAUUUUUCGGUGCUUAUGGCCUGAAGCCUGAAAGAAAUGAUGUUGCCAAACUUGUCGAAGAUCUACCACUGGAGAAGCUCCUUGAAGGCUCUUAUGAGUGUCCUUCUUUGGGUAAAGACAAACUGAAGAAAGUAGAGACUGCUAACGACACUUUUCUGACUCUGGUCAGAAAUGUUUGUUCUGUUCUUCCGACUCCAAGGCCUAUUCAACCACAGAAUUCUGCUGAACUAGACAGUUGCACAGACAAAACAUUGGGUUCACCUAACUCUGUCUCUGUAGUAGCGAAUGGCGAAAGCAGUAAUCAAGGAAAUGCCCCAGAAGGAGAGCUAUCUCCAUCUUCCAAGGAUCAUUCUGUCAUGUCUGAAAUGCCAUCCACUCCACUUAACUUUCCAUUAUGCGAGCCUACUGAUGUAUUAAGACGAUUAGGCCUUCCUCCACCCAAAGACUUAGACUCUCUACUCCAAGAUGCUUCAAAACCUUCUCAGUGUUCCAAGAACAACUCUGACCAGCGUUCUGCAAAACAACUACCCCCUCGUGUUGGCUUGCCACACUUUCCCUGGUCUCACUCUUUUAACGGAAACUGUAGAACCAACUCCGAAGCAGCCAAGCUUCUAGUUAGCAGGACAUUGUGUCAAGGAUGCUGGUUAAGAAUAGCCAACAACACGAGUUCGCCCAGGAAUGUGACUGAUUCUUUUACAAAUCUGGAUUCAUUCACUUUCAAUCAAAGUCUAGUUCCUUCCCUACAGAAGCAAACUACUGCAGGAAAUGAGACCUUUCAUGCCAUAUCUGACAACCCUUCUUGGUGCAAGUGCUUUCGUAAAGUAUCUGGUGUUUCUCCUGGUCCAGAUGUGUCUAAAGAUGAAAAAGAUGACGAAGAUUUGCGUUGUCCACGCCUAUUGGCUGCUGCUCAAACCCUCUAUGACAUUGCGAUCCACUCCCAGAAUAGGAUCCCGAGAUGUCCAAAGAAGCUUUCCCAGAAGUCCAUGAAAGCCCGCAAGUCUAAAUUCAACGAAAAACCCGAGGGGGCGAAUGGGAUGUCCCCAUCCAUAGAUCCAUGUUCGAGCAAUAACCAAGCCCUCAAAGAGGCAGGAGAACAACCCAAGCCCUCAAAGAGGCAGAGGCUGUCGACAAUGGAGAACAAGAAGGGAGUAAACUCAUCAGCCACAGGAGAGAGAAAACAACGAACUUCUUCGAGUAAGAUGAAGAAUCUGAUUCAGACAAAAACACCAGAGAAGGCCCCCGCCAGUUGUCAGCAGAAAGCAAGAAGAGCUAUGGGUAUCGACUGAAGAAACACAAACACUUCUCUCCCCCGCUGCUGUGGUUUUUACCGAGGCGACAGCGUCUAAGUCUGGUCUGUAAAUAAUAAUGUUAUGGUGUAGUAAACAAACCCAACAGGUGAAUCACGGCACUCUGUUACUGUUAAGGUAAGUUUUUUUUUCUUUUUUUUUUUUUGGUUUGCACAUUAGGCGGUGGCAAAGGAAUAUUACUAUGUAUGUGGCUCCAAUGUUGUAACAUUUUUUUUUAAUCUUAGCUGUAGAACACAGCAGCAUAAGGAAGGAAAUUAUGUUCCCCCAAAACA